AGUAACUCCAUCAUCUCCAGGAGAUGACCGAGGUUUAAGAGAUCUUAUAUGCAGAAUCAAUUCAUUUUCAGUAAUUGGUUCUAAAAAAAUCGAGUUGCUUUGUCUGAAAGAUCUAUUAUCGGAUGCUUGCAAAUUUAAAGUCUGGUCAAUAUUUCUUUGGACCUCCUUUCCAACAUCUAUGAAGAAACCGUUGAAUGCAUCUGCUACAUCUUUCUCAUUCUCUAGGAGUUUGUUAUCUUGAAUGAUGGAAAUCUUCCUUGGUGAGGUUUUUUUUUUGUUUAUAUUAGUAAAUGAAUUCACAGUCUUCCAAAGUUGUUUAUAAUCUGUCCUAAAUUCUGAAAUUUUAUUUAUAUAGUAUGUAUUCUUAGUUUUUUUAAUUAAUUUAUUCAAAAAGUUUCUGUAUGUUUUAUAUUCGUUUGAUAGUUCCUGUGAAAAAGUCUUAAGUGAUAGUUUUUUGAGAGAAUCUCUAUGUUUUAUAGCAUUGAUUAUGCCUUGCGUUACCCAUGGUUUCCUUUUUUUAUUUUCAUUCUUAACUACCUUUUCCCGAGCACACCGAUUGACAAUUGAUGAAAAAGUCCCAAUAAAAGCCUGGUAAUUUUCAUCAACCGUUUUCUCAUUUUCAUAAACCUCAUGCCACGUUUCAUUCUUCAUCAUUUGUAGCAAUCUACCGUGAUCAACUAUUUUAUUUAUUUGAACUGUAUCCGCUCUAUUACAUAUUUUAACAUUAUGUAUGCUGACACCAAUGCAGUAGUGAUCAGUUAUUGCGGAAUGAACAAUUUAAGGUUUUAUCUCUUCUUUUUCUCCCUGAGAAUUUGGUACCUUUAGAAAUAAAUGGUCUAUAACCGUUGCCGAGUCUACGGUAGCUCUUGUUGGUUUAUUAAUACAUGAUAAGAACCCAUUCUCAGCUAAAAUAUCCAGAUAUUUAUUCACUUCAUAAUUACCAGAGUUAUCAAUAUUAAUAUUCAAAUCUCCUAUGAAAACUUCAGUUUCUUGUAUAUCUAUACUUGAAAAGUAAUUUUGAAAGUCUUCUAGGAAAAUAUUUAGAUUCGAUUGAGGGGACCUAUAACUAGCUGUAAGUCCAUAUGUUUUUUCAUCAACCCUCAAUAGACAUCUCAAUAAAUUUGUUUCAUGUAUUUUAUGAAUUUCACAGUGUACUCCUUACAUAUACUAUUACUCCGUCAUUUUUAUUAAAUGAAGAUUCAUUAUAAAAAAUAUCAUAUCCAUCGAUUUCAAAAUCAUCUUUAUUCUCAACUUAAAAAGUCUCCGAUAGCACAAUUGCGCCAAUAUUAUUUAGUUUCACUUGAUUCAAAUAAAUCAUCAAUUCUUCAAAGUUUUUUCGGAUACUACCAAUAUUAAAAUGUAUUAUAUUGAAGUUAUUAUCAUCAGAAAUGUACUCCACUUCGUGAAUUCCCUCGAAAACCUUUGUGCUCAUACUAUUAUACCCAUCAAUUUCUUUGAAAUAAUCUAACAACAUUCAAAACAAUAUAUAAAUGCAACCAAUCGUCGAAAGAAAAACAAAACAAGAUCAAAUUGAACAGAUUGGCUCCGCAAUGUAAAAAAAAUAUAUCAUCAACAAAUAUGUAAAAUAACCUAAUUAUCUGAACUUAAUUAUAAAGGUGCUAAGAUUAUUAAUUCUUAAACUAAGUAUUGUUCAAAUUACAAUGUUCUUGUUAUUAAACACAGACAAAUCUGCACUGUCAUGAAUUUUUUUGAUUUUAUUAUUCAAUGUACGAAAAAGUGUUAAAAUACAGGCUGAAGGACCCUUGGUCGAUGGCCAAUUGCAUAUGCAAUAAAAUACUGUUAUUAUUAUUAUUUUAUUCAUUUUCACAAAAACAUCCCCGAAAUUGGUAAAUACCAGUCUCCUAUCGUGUAUCUGAAUUGCUUCCCUAUAUAGUUGAAAUUGUUUCUUCUGCAAGUCCUCCAUAAUUCCAAUUUGUGUUCCUUUCAAAGUUGAGCAAUUGUGCUGAUAUCUCUCAAAUUUCACAAUAAUUGGUCUAGUCUUCCCAUUAUUCUUUCCUAUUCUGUGAGCUCUCACUAUAUCUUCCUUCCUGAUGUUUGUUUUCAAUUUCGCGUUGAAGAGGUUGAGUACUUUAUCAGUUGUUUUUCUCCUUGCUCCUCGUCUAAGUUGUAUAUGCAGAUAUUAUUAAUUUUACUUCUUUGUUGUAAACUCUGAACUUGAUUUUUCAGCUGACCUUUGGUUAGUUAUGGUAACUUCCAGGGCAUUCGGUUUUUCCGUGAUUUUCACAAAAACUUUAUCAAUAAAUUCGUCAUCAUUGAAAAUAUCUUUCAGUGCUUCUUUGAUUGUGAACUUCAUAUCGUUAACAACUUUCGGAACCAUAAUGAUUUAAAUUAAAUUAUAACAAAUAAACUUGUAUUAAUUAUUUUAUCUGUGCAAUAUUCAAAUGAAUUAGAUUCGUUUCUUUUCACGGAGCACAACCGAAAACACGUCUACCUGAUGCGUGCCAUAUGAUGAAUAUCUUUCUUAAUAUUGGAACUUUUUACCUUCUGUGCACUGGUUUUUGUUGGGACCUUGGUUGACUAAAUCAUUUCAUUUAAUAAACGAUUAUUUCCCAUCAGAAUAUUAUUCUUACUCCUACAUUCUUACCAAAGCGACUUCAGAUAAAAAAUUUUCGAUUGGAGCAGUUCACUUGAAUCGUUAACUUGGGAAACUUCAUCAGUCGAUUUUUGCAUGUAAAUCUCAUGCUGACAGGUGGUUGUUUUUUGCUUGCAGCAAGUAUCAGACACGAUGGAUGAAACAUACCCCGCACAUUUAGUGCAGUUGACAAACUCCUCAACUCUUCUAUUGCAAUCAAAGCAAACUUUAUCCCUUAAUUUAAUUAAUUUCAAUGUUUUCUUGAGAAAUCGUGAGUCGACUUACUUUUGCAUCCACACUCGAACACAUCUCGCGUAAGAAAUCUUUAUUGAAAUCCUGGAUGAAUCACCCCUCUCAUUUUGUGUCUCUAAUUCAACCUUGUAGAUGAAUAAAACAUAUGAAAAUCAAUAAUAUAUUACUUUCAUUUCAUAAACAUGUGAAAUAAACUAACAUUAAUGACUUCAAUUUCUAUAUCAUAACAUAUUUUAUUAUUAUUACCUAUAUUCUGCAGGUACUUUGGAAAUAAACAAAAACCUUUGUUUUUAUAGUUUUACCUCACACUCCGUAGUCAGUCCCUAAGAGCUGAUUUUUUCUGUUUCAUUCAUAAUAGGUAAAUCCUCUUCAUUCAAACUCUCCCCAAAUCACGAAAACAAUAUCUAACCUAAUCCUGCCUUGCCUUGACCACGAAAGGAAAUAAUGGAAUAAAAUAAUAUUAUCGAAUUAACUUAGUUAACAUCGGAAAUGGGUGACAUAAAAAAGAUGAAAACACGAAGAUCCUUAUAGAUCUAUUGUCAUUCUUAUUCAUUUAAUCGUAUACCUUCGAAACCUCAGUUGAAUACAUGCAUCUAAAUAGGACAUGGGGGUAUUUAAAUGAAUGAACUACAUUCCAUAACUCAGACAGCAGUUUGCGCCAAGAGCAGACAGUUGGCUCUCUAUAACCAAAAAUCAGAGUGUUUAUUGAAAAUAACAACAACAAAAAUACAUCAUGAUUUCACUGCUUCUCCUCAGUCAAUUCACAAUGAUAUUAAUCGUUAUACUCAUGGUUAUAGUACUUCUGGUAAUCUAUGAAAACAAGAGAUCCAACAGUAAACUUCCAACCUUAGACAAUGGUCUUCUUCUACCUCCAGUGCCUUUUCAACUGCCGCUAAUUGGUCACCUUCAUCUGAUGGGCGGAUAUGAUGUCCCAUAUAAAGCCCUAACCGAAAUCGGAAGAAAAUAUGGAAAUGUGGUGAAACUACAGUUAGGCAAUGUGAAAUGUGUAGUUGUAAAUGAUCAGAGAAAUAUCAGAGAAGCUAUUAUCAAUAAGAGCCAUCAUUUCGACGCUAGACCAAAUUUUGCAAGAUAUGAACAUCUUUUUUCUGGAAACAAGCAAAAUUCUUUGGCCUUUUGUGACUGGUCUGAAGUGCAAAGAACACGUAGAGAUAUGCUGAAAUUCCAUACUUUUCCAAGGGUAUCUACUGGUAUCUUCAACAGUUUGGAAUCCAUAAUAAACAAAAAUACACAAGGGAUCAUUGCGAAAGUAGACACAGGAAAACCAGUGAACUUAAAACCCAUUAUCAUACAGCACUGUGCCAAUAUUUUCACUAAACAUUUCUGUACCAAACAAUUCAGCUACAACGAUAAAGAAUUCCUCAAUAUGGUCGAAGACUUCGAUGAAAUAUUCUACGAAGUAAAUCAAGGAUACGCAGCAGAUUUUUUACCCUUUCUUAUGCCUUUUCACAAGGGAAACUUAAAAAGAAUAUCUUCCUUAACCCACAAUAUAAGAAAUUUUGUAUUGAAUAGAAUUAUUGAAGACAGAUACGAAAAAUUCAACAAAGAAAAUGAACCAAAAGAUUACGUUGAUGAUUUGUUAAGGCAUGUGAAAACCGAAGGUGAAUUCGACUGGGAAACAGCCCUAUUUGCCUUAGAAGACAUAAUUGGAGGACACUCGGCUGUCGGAAAUUUUUUUAUGAAAUUGUUAGGUUUUUUGGUUAAAGAGACUGAGGUUCAGAAAAAAAUUCAGAAGGAAAUCGACAAUAUUAUAAGCUCAGAAGGAAGAGAUAUACUGAUUAAAGACAGAAAUAGGAUGCCAUACACAGAAGCUACAAUAUAUGAAGCAAUUAGAUUAAUCGCAUCUCCCAUUGUCCCGAGAGUUGCAAAUCAAAACAGUUCUAUUGACGGUUAUCUGAUUGAAAAAGACACCCUCUUACUACUCAAUAACCACGACCUCAGUAUGUCGAACAAACUUUGGUUACAUCCUGAAAAGUUUAUGCCUGAAAGAUUCAUCAAGGAUGGGAGAAUUGUGAAACCAGACCAUUACUUACCAUUUGGAGGUGGUAAAAGAUCUUGUAUGGGAUACAAAAUGGUUCAAUUGAUCAGUCUAGGGAUACUAGGAGGAUUGUUGCAACACUACACAAUCCAUCCGGUGGAUAAAGAGGAAUACAAAGUGCCAAUUGGUUCACUGGCUCUGCCAAAAAAUACUUUUCAUUUCAAAUUCAUCAAAAGAUUCGCUCCUAGUUGCUAAUCUUCCUAAAGUUAACUUGAGAUUUUUAUUACUUCCUGAUAAAGGAUGCCUCAUUUCAUAAUCAUUUCCAUGAAAAGAAUCAUUAUCUUAUUUUACAAGUAAUAAAUAUCUCAAUUCUAUCAUUACACAUUGUGGCGAAAUGAAUAAGCAAUACAUUUGUUCACUUAAAUCAAAGAGCAUGAUAUUAUACGCUUAUGAAUUUGUCAAAUGCAGAUGCUUUUAUUUAUGGAGAAGUUAAAAUAUUCAAUAUCCAUUGUAACAGUAUUAGAGAGAAUGUUUCUAUAAAUUCAUCAGUCUCAUAUUAUGAAAACCUGAAACAGACUGUAAAUUUCUUCACUGGAAUAAAGCGUCUUACAUUACAAGUGUUAUACUUCAUAACCCUGAGAUAUGAUGGAUAUAUUUUUUAUUUAUUAUUGUAUUGAGAUUGUUAUAGGUUCAUCUCCUCUCGAACUGACUUAGUUUUAUUAUAUUUUUAAGAUUGAAGGUAUGUAAUAAUAUGUAUUUCGUACUCAAAAAUUGACACAAUUAUA